AUGUUCAGAGUGAAGCCUAAGGCAGCUUAUGUGCUUUUCGGCGAACAUGUCCGACUGGAUCCAGCACUUAGCGGAGUUCCUCUUGCGGACAUCGAAAAGGCAAUUGAGAGGCGCUGGAGAGAGCUCCCACAAGAGGAGCGAGUGAAUAAGUGGGAAAGACCGGCCUCUCUAAGGCUGCAAGAUUAUCAGAAGAAGCUCAAGAAAUAUGAGCAAACAGAGCACUUUCAAACGUACCAAACGUACCUGGAAGCGUUCGAGGAACGACAACACAGCCCGGAGAUACGACCGGACAGUAAAGCUUCAUUCACCUCUGCAACCGCACCUUCUGUCCCGCAACCUGUUCACACGGAACAGGAAGAUCCCGAUAGCGACCAACAUAUGAUCUUUGGCACAUACGGCCCUGAUUCUGAGGGUCAGUCACAUGACGCGGCAUCACCCGUUAGAUGUGGAAUGGUGGAAGUGCGCAACUAUUUGACUAUUCGGGGUAUCAACCCACAUCUGAUCAGAGUCAAACCCUAUCCAACAGAGGGCACAACCACUCAAGCUGUUGAAGACUUUCUCAAUGGCACAGGUGCACUCCUUCAUCUAUGGAAUCGGGAGGAGGCCAUGGACCUCAUCAGAUCCGUUUACCGCCCAGAGAACGAUGUGGCAGCACUCAACUUGGGGAGGCAGCAGUUCAUUUCUCUGUCGUAUCUAAACAAUGCCACUGAAGAGCAAUUACAGUACUGGUGGAACGUAUUUCGAAGCGUCCUCUUUCUAGAAAGCUGGUUCGCAUACAAUACAAAUCUCGAAUCACGAGUUACGCACGAGGAUCUGAAUUUAUAUCAUGCUCCCUCUUCACAAGCUGAGAAUGAGCCAGCAACCUUGCACGAACAUAUUCUCAAACUCGGCCAACUAAGCGCGUAUAUAGCGCUUGACCUUAAGACCGCAGCCCUGCUAAAGUCAGAGCAAGUGCGAGCUCACCUCGGGUCCCUUAAUGAAUGGCACCGUAAGCUCCCACCGCCAAUGCAAUUGAGUCGGCUCAGUCUUACAAGUCCAUUCACUACAAACUUGACCACGAAGCGGUCCCUGUUGCAAACUCAUAUCCUUUUCCUUGGUAUAUUCGUCGAGCCUUAUCGGAAAUACUUGGUCGACCUAGGGAGUUUCCGACUGAGCAAUGAGCUGGUCGAAUUUGAUGGUUUGGAAGAUCUGGAACAUCUCGAAGAGCAAUGCAUUUUGGCGGCACGACAAUCCGCCCGGGUGGCCUCGCUAUUGCAAAUCGACAAUUUAGUUCGAGCCCACUGUUGGGUAUCUAUCUACACGAGCUUCACUAGCUGCGCGAUACUCCUCUUCAGCGCCUCACAGAAGCUCCUCGGGCUUUACGGCGAAGAAGUCGGCCAAGACCUCUCUUACGCAUCCUCGCAUCUCAAUCUCCUCUCGCUGUGUAGUUACGACAACUCCAUUGCGAGGAAGCUGUACACCCAACUCCAGAUCGACUUCAAUGAGAUCAGAGAGGUCGCGGUUUCGCCAGUCUAUCGUGAGAUGAGAAACGCUCGUAUCUUCGUCAAGGACCCGAGGCUUGUGCCACGCUCAUAUUACGACCCGGUCUUAGGUGCGGAGGAACUUAGUAAAGCUAUAGUAGACUCUGCUAGGAGUAUUAUGGGUACUCUAAAAGCUACUACAUUGUUGAAAGAGUAA